AUGAGCUCCUCUGAAGUUUCGUACCUCAGCUCUCCGGAAUUCUAUUCGUUAUCUCUGUAUAUCCUCGGAUGCAUUGCCUUCCCUAUCCAUCUAUUUGGUGCCUGGUGUAUCCUAGUUGAGACACCAGAAACCAUGAAAAGAGUUAAAUGGGCCAUGUUCAAUUUACAUUCUUGGGGUUGUGGCCUGGAUUUGUUGCUCGGAAUUUUGGGACAGCCGUUUAUAGUGCCGCCGGUUUUUGGAGGUGCUCCAUUGGGAUUGUUGCACUUGUUCGGUGUGGAUCCAGGGAUACAGGUGUACUUGAUGGUGACACUGAUGAAUAUGGUCGCCAUUUCUACCGGCGCCAUCUUCGAGAACCGUUUCUACAUUCUUUUCGCUGAGAAAACUUGGUGGCGAUAUGUUCGAUACCCAUACUAUAUUACCAAUGUGGCUCUAGCAUUCCUCUAUUACGUACCCACAAUGAUGGAUAUCCCCGAUCAGACCUUGGCAAGAGAGUGGAUAUUUGAGCAUCAUCCCCAAGUAAAACGAUUUGACAGUCCUGACCAUCCAAUCUACGUGGUUGCCUACAAUGUACCAGAUCCUGACUGGAUUCGAGUACGGAUGAUUAUAAGUGUCACUAUUAUGGUUACAGAGUGCUUGACAUUCUUCUUUCUGCUACGAUGGCAAAUGAAAAAAGCCACGAAACUAAUGACAAUGUCUGAGAAGACUCUGGCAGCACAGAAGGCGUUUUUGAAGGCUAUCAAUAUGCAGAUCGCAAUUCCUGCAUCUGUCAUUGGCACGCCACAAAUUCUUCUCAUAUUCAUUGGCUAUUUUGGAUGGAACACUUCUGAACUGAAUAGUUUUGCCUACGUGGUAAUGUCGAUUCAUGGUGCAUCUGCUACAUUGGUGAUGUUGUACUGCCAUCAUGCUUAUCGGGAGUACUGUAAAGGAUUGUUACGUGGAAAAUUGAGUGGGCUGAAAACGCUAAAUCGAUGGUCACCAUUUGUGUCGGUCACGUCUUCAGAUAGACAUCGAGGGGUACAGUAG